AUGAACCCGGAAUUGCAUAGCCAAAUUGCAGAUCUGAAGCGACGCCAUGAAACGUUGUUCAAACCCGGUCUCGGAUGCUGUCGCGUAGUAAAGGCGGAGCUGAAGCUCCAAGCGGUUGCCAGGCUAGUCUUCAGAUCAAGACGCCCGGUGCCGUACACAACACACUCUCUAGUGGAAGCCGAACUAAAUCGUUUGCAAUCCGAAGUUAUAACCGAACCAGUCCACUAUACAGAAUGGGUGACACCAAUUGUGGUGGGGAAGAAGGCGAACGUACUGGAUUCUGCGCUGGAGACGCAUCAGUACCCGUUGCUUGGACUAGAAGACUUGUUCUCCGAACUCAUCGGUGCAAAUGCUGCGAAAAACUUGGCAUAG